AUGGCUCCAGGUACACUUAUUCUUACUACCGAGAGUGGUCGAACAACGCCACUUUACGACUCGGAUGAUUCUGUUCAGGCUCCCUCAAGUCGACAGGUCGAAUAUCGGGGCUACGACCAUGUGACGUGGUGGGUGGGAAACGCGAAGCAGACGGCACAGUACUAUAUCACCCGGAUGGGCUUCGAGCCAUUGGCGUACAAAGGCCUCGAAACCGGAUCUCGAUUCAUCGCAAGCCAUGUCGUCCAGAACAACAACGUUCGAUUCGUCUUCACAUCUCCCAUUCGAUCAUCGAGUCGACAAACGUUGAGGGAAGCUCCGCCUGAAGAACAGAGGCUACUGGAUGAGAUCUAUGAUCAUCUCGACAAGCACGGAGAUGGCGUGAGAGAUGUUGCGUUUGAGGUAGACGAUGUGAGGGCGGUAUACGAGAAUGCUAUUGCCAAUGGGGCUGAGUCGGUGUGUGCACCGCAUGUCGAUUCUUCCAGCGAGGAGAAAGAAGGGAGCGUCCUAUCUGCUUCUAUCAGGACCUAUGGCGACACGACGCACACUUUCCUUCAACGCAACUCCUACACCGGUGCUUUCCUUCCCGGCUACCGUGCUUCUCGCCUCUCCUCAGACCCAGCCAACGCCUACCUCCCACCCGUCCCCCUCGAAGCAAUCGACCACUGCGUCGGCAACCAAGACUGGAACCAGAUGGACUCCGCCUGCGAGUACUACGAACGCUGCCUCGGUUUCCAUCGCUUCUGGAGCGUCGACGACACAGACAUCUGCACCGACUAUUCCGCCCUGAAAUCCAUCGUCAUGUCCUCCCCCAACGCCCGGGUCAAGAUGCCCAUCAACGAGCCCGCCGCCGGCAAGAAGAAGUCCCAAAUCGAAGAAUACGUCGACUUCUACAACGGCCCCGGAGUCCAACACAUCGCCCUGCGCACCCCCGACAUCCUCUCCGCCGUCGCCAACCUGCGCGCCCGCGGCGUCGAUUUCAUCGCCGUCCCGCCUACCUACUACGAGACCUUGGCUCUCCGAUUGAAGGCUUCCGGGUUGCAAUUGGAGGAAUCUCUUGAAGUUAUUCAGGAGUUGAAUCUCUUGGUCGAUUUCGAUGAGGGGGGUUAUCUGUUGCAGCUGUUCACGAAGCCGCUCCUUGAUCGCCCGACGGUGUUUCUGGAGAUUAUCCAGAGGCAUAAUUUUGAGGGGUUUGGGGCGGGGAAUUUUAAGAGUCUUUUUGAGGCUAUCGAGCGGGAGCAGGAGUUGAGGGGGAAUUUGUGA